CUCUGUAAGAGAUAGAAAUAUUAUUAAAAAAAAGGCUAUCGAUAACUCUGUCUGGAGCUCCGGCAAUGGAGCUUGUUUCGUACAACUCUGCAACUUCAACUCUUACAAGAGAAAAGUUUUUAGCUAGUUCCUCCUUUUCCAAAUUCCGCACUAUCCGAGAUAGCCGCUGGCCUCUGGUUCCUUCUUCUAUCAGAAAAUAUCCACGACAAAUCCAUUUCCAUGUCGAACCCAGAAACCGUACCCAUAAAUUUGUAUUGUUAAGUGCAAGACAGCAGCUUUUGGUUAGCGAACAAGAAAAUGACGACGGCGAAGAAGAAGAUGAAGAAGAAGAAUAUUCGGACGGCGAAGCUUCUUUACUGUCUCUGAGCGUGAAGCCUGACAGGAACAUGGCCUUACUGGACGACUAUGAAUUGGAAGAGCUCGAAUACUCUGACCCUAACCAUCGGAGCGGCUAUGUGGCUGUACUUGGGAAGCCAAAUGUUGGAAAGAGUACACUGUCAAACCAAAUGAUAGGUCAAAAGUUGUCAAUAGUUACUGAUAAACCACAAACUACAAGGCAUCGAGUUCUUGGUAUAUGUUCUGGCCCAGAAUAUCAGAUGAUACUUUAUGAUACACCUGGUGUUAUUGAGAAGAAGAUGCACAUGUUAGAUUCUAUGAUGAUGAAGAAUGUCAGAAAUGCUGCUGUCAAUGCAGACUGUGUACUUGUUCUUGUUGAUGCAUGUAAAGUGCCCGAGAAAAUUGAUGAAAUAUUGGAGGAAGGUCUUGGUGACGUCACAGAAAAAAAGCCACCCAUUUUGCUGGUUUUGAAUAAACGAGAUAUGAUUAAACCUGGUGAACUUGCAAAGAAGCUGGAGUGGUAUGAAAAAUUUACAAAUGUUGAUGAGGUCAUACCAGUGAGUGCCAAAUAUGGUCAGGGAGUGGAAGAUAUCAAGAAUUGGAUUCUGUCAAAACUUCCUGUUGGGCCAGCUUACUAUCCAAAGGACAUUGUCAGUGAGCAUCCUGAAAGAUUCUUUGUUUCUGAAAUUGUAAGAGAAAAGAUAUUUAUUCAGUAUCGGAAGGAAAUUCCUUAUGUAUGCCAGGUGAAUGUGGUGAGCUACAAAACUAGGCCAACUGCAAAGGAUUUUAUACAAGUGGAAAUUGUUGUUGAAAAAAACUCACAGAAGAUCAUCAUUAUAGGAAAGGAUGGUAAGGCUCUAAAAAUACUUGCGACAGCUGCGCGGCUUGACAUUGAGGAUUUCUUACAGAAGAAGGUUUAUCUUGAGGUUGAAGUGAAAGUGAAAGAAAAUUGGAGGCAAGACGAAGGGCUGUUGAAGUACUAUGGCUAUGGGGGGCAAAUUAAAGCAUUAUGAUGAUAAGAAGAGUUGGUCAACAAUCCUUUUUUAGAUUGUAAUUUGUAAGUUAAAUUAAAUUGGUCUUGUAAUACUAUACUAGCUAGCUUUAGAUUUUUCAUUUAUUCAUUAGUGGAAACUGUAGAAGAAGUGAAUUUUUGUAGUUUUGACUUGUUUUUCAUCCCAAUUUUUCCCAAAGCCGAAAUGGUCUUGUAAUUAGUAGUAGUCUUCCUUUUGAGCA